UCUGUUUCUUCUUUAUUCUAAUCUCUUCUCUUAUCUUUUCUUCUCUUCUCUUCAUUGUAGUUGAAUUCAUUCUUGUUAAGUUUCUUCAUACAAUUUCAUGGUAUCAGAGCCCACAACAAUUAGUUAAACUGGUUGGAAGGGUUGAUCAACAUAUCAAGCUUCAAUGGCAGUGGAUGGAGAACAGUCGACACAGCCACAUACAAUUGAAUCUGGACAGAAGACUACUGGAAUUGACUACAAUCAUCCUCUGUUCCUUUCUCCGACUGAUGUAAGUGGUACACAGAUCAUUUCGUUUCAGUUAACUGGAGUUGAAAAUUUCUCGAUUUGGUAUAGAUCAAUGAGAGUAGCCUUGCUUGGAAGGAAUAAGUUGGGAAUGGUUGAUGGUUCGUGUAAAAAAGAAGUGUUUCCAGAACAGAUGUGGAAUCACUGGGAGAGAGUGAAUGCGGUGGUGUUGUCUUGGCUGAUGAAUUCAGUGGAAAAAAGUCUGUUAGGAGGUAUAAUGUAUGCCUCACAGGCGCAAGAAGUAUGGGAUGAUCUUUAUGAAAGAUUUAACAAGGUUGAUGGAUCAAGAACCUUCAAUUUGCACAAAGAAAUUGCUAUGUUGACUCAAGGUACUGCUACAGUUUCUACAUAUUUUUCUAGAUUGAAAAAUCUGUGGGAAGAGUUUGAAGCUCUUGUCCCAAGUCCUGGGUGUAACUGUGAAAAAUCCAAAGGAUUUGUAGUACAUUUGCAGAAAUUAAAAUUGUUUCAGUUUCUCAUGGGGCUUAAUGAAUCUUAUAAUCAAGCAAGAAGUCAGAUCUUGCUCAUGUGUCCGAUGCCCUCUGUUAAUCGGGCGUAUGGAAUGAUAAUAAGUGAUGAAGGACAAAAGUCUAUAAGUGCAAAUUCUGGAGUCUUGGGUGCUAACCCUGCAUCAGGAGGUAAUAGUUUUGAUAUGGCUAUGGUUACAAGGAAUGGGUUUACGAGAUACAAGAAGAAUUACAAUGUACAAUGUGAGUUUUGUAGAAUGAAAGGACACACCAAGGAAGUAUGUUACAAACUAGUAGGAUAUCCAUCUGAUUAUAACAAGUUCAAGAAGAAAGAAGUACAAGCAGUGAAUAAUAGUUACACCUCGAGUGCAAGGGCUCACAAUGUGAUUACCGGUAAUCGGUUCCCAGAUUCUAAACAGUGUGAUAUAAUGGGUGAAGCAUUUGAGAAUGUGGCUGAAGGAAGUAAGGCAGACUACAAAGGGAAAGGAAUAACAUAUAAAUUUGACUCUCUUUCACAGAACAGAGAAUCUGAAGUGGGAUUGUAUCCUUUUACUAAAGAGCAAUAUGGUCAGAUUGUGAACCUGUUGAAGAAUAUGAGUGACAACAAUCCUUGUGCAACUGCAAACUCUGUGUCUUCAGCAAAUGUAGCAGGAUCUCUCCAAUGGAAGGGUGAGGGAGAUUGGUAGAGAGGAAAAUGGACUGUAUAUUCUGACUGGAAGUACAAAGUUGCAGCAGUCUCAAAACAGUGGAUGUAGUUUUGCUGUAAAAGAAAGUCAUGUACAUGAGGAGAAUACAGAUGUGGAGUUGUGGCAUAAAAGGCUCGGACAUGCUUCUUCAAGGUCCUUGAACCAACUUAUAUCAGUUAAGACUGAAAGUAUAGCAAAUAUAUUGAAUAAUUGUACUGUGUGUCCUUAUGCAAAACAAGUUAGAAAUACGUUUCCUACAAGUAGUAUACAAACUUCAGCAUGCUUUGAUCUUGUACAAAGUGCCUACAUUUGAUGGUAAUAGGUUUUUCUCACUAUAGUGGAUGAUUUUUCAAGGUUAACUUGGGUAUACUUGUUAAAGUUGAAGUCUGAUGUGUGUGUGGUCAUUAAACAGUUCGUUAUGUAUGCUAAGACUCAGUUUGGUAGGUGUGUUAAGGUCAUAAGAUCGGAUAAUGGAACUGAGUUUGUAAAUACAGUGUGUAAAGAUGUGUUUAAGAGGUUUGGCAUAGUGCAUCAAACUAGUUGUGCCUAUACUCCUCAGCAAAAUGGAGUAGCUGAGAGAAAACACAGGCAUCUACUAGAAGUAACAAGGGCUCUAA